AUGCGGUGGCUUGGGCUCAUCUGGCUGUGUCUCCCGCUGUCCCUCGCCGGGAGUGGCCGGCGUGUCCCGGGGUCCGCAGGGGGUCCCGUCGGGCUCCGCUGUGAGCCCCGCGGUUUCCGGCUUACCGUGAGCAGCAGCGUGGCGGCAGCCCCCCGGGGGGUCACGGCGUGGGACAAGUCCGGGAGGGCGCACGGGCUGCGGAACGACUCUGCGUGCGGCGUCUGGGUGACGGCGGGCCCCGAGGGCUCCGUGGUGCUGGAAGCCGCCUACGACGGCUGCCUCGUCAUUCCGUGGGGCUCCUACUACACCCUGUUGGUCGGAGUGGGCCCAGGUGUGGCGGCACCCACCGAGGCCCGAGGGAGGAAGGUGUUCCGGUGUCCCAUGGGUGUGUCAGUCCCGCAGGCUCCGGAUGCUUCUGUGUGCGAGUCGGUGGCAGCCCGGGACAGGCUGCCCUGCGGCCCCCCCGACGCCCCCCGAGAAGCCUGUGAGGAGCUGGGCUGCUGCUACAGCUCCAAAGAGGGGGGCGGCGCCUGUUACUAUGGAAACCGAGUGACCGCGCACUGCUCCCGGGAGGGCGGCUUCUCGGUCGCCGUGUCCAGGACCGCGGCCUGGCCCCCGCUGCGCGCGGACUCGGUGCGCCUGGGCGCCCGCCACGCCAGCGGGUGCCGCCCGGCGCUGGCCACGCGCGCCUUCGUCCUCUUCCGCUUCCCCUUCACGGCCUGCGGGACCACUGGACGGGUCACCGGAGACCGCGCCGUGUACGAGAACGAGCUGGCUGCCACCAGGGACGUGAGCGCCUGGGACCGUGGAUCCGUCACCCGAGACGGCGACUUCCGACUCCGAAUCCGCUGUAGCUAUUCUGUGAACAGCCGCCAACUCCCGGUGGACAUCCAAGUGUACACAGUCGCACCACCACCGCCUCCAAAGGUCCAGCCCGGACCCCUCUCCCUGGAGCUCCGGAUUGCCAAAGAUGAGAGCUACGGUUCCUACUAUUCCGCGGGGGACUACCCCGUGGUGAGGUCACUCCGCGAUCCCGUCUACGUGGAGGUCAGCCUGCUUCACAGGACCGACCCGCGGCUGGGGCUGCUCCUACGGCGGUGCUGGGCCACGCCCAGCCCCGACCCCCGGGACGGCCAGCGGUGGCCCAUCCUGGUGCGAGGAUGCCCCUACGCCGGAGACAACUAUGAGACCCGGCCGAUCCCUGUCCUCGAUGCGGCCUUCCCCGCCCACGCCCAGCGCUUCCGCAUUUCCGCCUUCAGCUUCAUCGACUCCACCAGGGCGGGAAAGGCCCUCGGUGGUCAGGUGUAUCUGCACUGCAGCGCGGCCGUCUGCCAGCCCGUGGGAACGCCGUCGUGCGUGGCAGCCUGCCCUGUGUCCAGACGAAGAGGAAGAUCUAGCCUCCAUUUUGAGAACAAUACUGCCAGCAUUUCUAGCAAAGGCCCCAUGCUUCUACUGCAGGCCGCUGCUAAGGACCCAUCUGAAGAGUUGGAUAAGUACUUCAGCCCGCCUGCGGAUUCCUCUGCUCUGUGGGUGGCAGGAAUUUCCGGCUCCUUAAUCAUCACGGGGACCUUGUUCGUGUCCUACCUGGCUCUCCGAAAACAGAGGAGCUACUGCGACCAAACGCGGCAUGCCCAAUUCGUGUUCACUGCCAUCCGCAAUCCCGGGUGCUACCCAGGCAUAGCCGUAAAACCAAGAUGGCGUCUCCUGGGCUUCCACCGCCUGCAGCGCAGGAAGCUGACCAUUGGGGAGCAAGCACGCAACGGUGACUCGUCUCCAGGCAGCCGUGAAGUCCUCCCCUUGCUCUGCGGUGGCUUCCGGUCCGCGUGGACUCCAGCGUCACACACAGAAUCACCGCAUCGGCCGAGGGCUUCCCACCCCCAGGAAGAAAAACAAGACCCAACGGCGGCGCCGGCAGCGCUGUACGGCGAGGGGCAUCGGAUUCCUUGA